AUGAUGAACAUGGGUGGGCCAACCACCCUCCCCGAAGUUGGAGACUUCCUCUCUCGCCUGUUCCACGACCGAGACCUUAUUCAGCUACCCUGGCAGAAGCGUCUCGCUCCUCUCAUUGCUGGAAGACGGACACCGAAGAUUGUGGAGCAGUACCGCAAGAUCGGAGGAGGCAGCCCUAUUCUACGGUGGACCAAGCUGCAGGGUGCAGAGAUGUGCAAGCUGCUGGACGAGAUUCAUCCCGAGACGGCGCCUCACAAGACGUACGUAGCCUUCCGCUACGCUAGGCCUCUGACAGAGGAAGCUCUGGAUGAGAUGGCGGCCGAUGGAGUCCAGAGGGCAGUGGCAUUUACGCAGUAUCCACAGUACAGUUGCAGUACUACUGGCAGCAACCUGAAUGAGCUGUACCGGGAGAUCAUGAGGAGGAAGGAGAGGGGAGCGCCAGAGGGCAACAUCGACUGGAGCAUCAUCGACAGGUGGCCGACUCACGAGGGUCUCAUCGAAACUUUCACACAAAGAGUGCGGGAUGUACUCAACACGUAUCCCGAGGACGUUCGCGCCACUGUCCCUAUCAUGUUCUCGGCCCAUUCGCUGCCCAUGCAAAUCGUGUCUGGACGAGGCGACCCAUACCCAGCUGAAGUGGCUGCCACUGUGGCGGGAGUGAUGAGCCGACUGCGCUGGUCGAACCCAUACCGACUUACCUGGCAGAGUCAGGUUGGUCCCUCCGCUUGGCUCGGACCUCAGACGAGCGAUACGGUCAAGGGAUGGGCUAAGCAAGGCUACAAGGACGCCGUUGUGGUGCCGAUCGCCUUCACACAGGACCACAUCGAAACUCUUUACGAGCUCGACCAAGAGCUGGUAGAGGAAGCAGAGGAGCACGGCAUGACCCUAAAGCGAGCAGAGUCUCUCAACGACCACCCCCUCUUCAUCAAGGCGCUAGCAGACAUUGCCGCUUCGCAUCUGGACACCAUGGACGGUACCACUUCCACAGAAACGACCAGGAGCGGCGCAGUGGAGACGUGGAACCAGGGCAGAACGUCGAGGCAGAUGCAGAUCAGGUGUCCAGGAUGCAUCAACCCAGUGUGUGGAGAGCAGAAGAAGUUCUUUGCUGAUGGCACAGUGGGAGUUGGAGAAGAUCAGCUCAGAUCGUGA